GGAAUGUGAGAUGGAGACAGACAAGAAAGGAGAAGAUAAAACAUAGACAGGAAGGACUAUUUGAGACAGUGAAUGACUGAGGGAGGGAGGAGUUAGAGAGAGAGUAAGGAGGAGUGACAGAACUCUAAAGGAGGGAUCAGAGACAGAGAAUGAGAGAGGGGUAGAAUGACAAAAAGAGGAGAGGGGGGGUUAGUGUGUGCAGGACAGAUAGUGAAGGAGGAGGGGAUAGCUUUGAGGAAAUAUUAGCAGCUUGUUUCCUAGUCUGACUUUCCCAAGACUGCCAGGCCAUUUGACUUACACACACACUCCGUCGGACUCACACUCCGUCGGACUCACACACGGCUGGAGCUGGGACUAACGAUAAAUACCAUGUGUAGGUGAAGAGCGUGAGGAAGAGGCAGAAAACAUGUCGUUCUUUGGUCUAGACUAUGCCAAGAAGAAAGAGAGUGAGUUGGAGAGGAAACUGAGGGCAAACGACAGAGAGUAUAACCUCUCCUUCAAGUAUGAAACUAAUGCCAUUAAGACAUCUAAGUACAACACGUUUAACUUCCUGCCCCUCAACCUCUUCGAACAGUUCCAGAGGAUCGCCAACGCUUACUUCCUCAUUCUGCUGUUACUCCAAGUGAUUCCUGCAAUCUCCUCUCUGUCCUGGUUCACAACCAUGGUCCCUCUGGUCCUGGUGCUGUCUGUGACGGCUGCUAAAGACGCUACAGAUGACAUCAACCGCCACAGGAGUGACAACCAGGUGAACAACCGGAAGGUCACAGUGCUCAUCGAUGGAGAACUACGGAGUGAAAAAUGGAUGGAUGUUCAUGUGGGUGACAUCAUCAAACUUGGAAACAACCAGUUUGUUACGGCAGACCUGCUGCUGCUCUCUAGUAGUGAACCUCUCAACUUGGUCUACAUCGAGACUGCUGAACUGGAUGGUGAGACUAAUUUGAAAGUGAAGCAAGCUGUGACGGUCACAGGAGAUAUGGGGGACAACAUCCAUAACCUGGCCUCCUUCAAUGGCGAGGUGAGCUGUGAGCCACCCAACAACCGCCUGGACCGUUUCACAGGAACUCUGACUAACGCCGGUCAGAAAUACUCUCUGGACAAUGACAAGAUCCUGCUGAGGGGCUGCACCCUCAGGAACACAGAGUGGUGUUUUGGACUGGUGCUGUUCGGAGGUCCAGAGACUAAGCUGAUGCAGAACUGUGGGAAGACCACGUUCAAGAGGACCAGCAUCGACCGCCUGAUGAACGUGCUCGUCCUCUGUAUAUUUGGCUUCCUGGCAUUCAUGUGCACCAUCCUGGCCAUUGGCAACAGGAUCUGGGAGCAGCUCUGGGGGUCAGAGUUCACGGCCUUCCUGCCCAGACAGGGGGGAGUUGAUGCCCCCUUCUCCGGCUUCCUCACCUUCUGGUCCUACGUCAUAAUCCUCAACACCGUCGUACCCAUCUCCCUCUAUGUCAGUGUGGAGGUCAUCCGUCUGGGCAACAGUUUCUACAUCGACUGGGACAGGAAGAUGUACCAUGCCCAUAGUGACACCCCGGCCAAGGCCCGGACCACUACGCUGAACGAGGAGCUGGGUCAGAUCAAAUACAUUUUCUCGGACAAGACCGGAACACUCACUCAGAACAUCAUGACAUUCAACAAGUGUUCCAUCAACGGGAAGAGCUACGGGGAAGUAUUUGGCUACACUGGCCAGAGACAGGAGAUCAACGAGAACACAGAGACAGUGGACUGGUCAUUCAACCCUUUGGCUGAUCAUCACUUCUCCUUCCAUGACCACUCCCUGGUGGAGGCUUUGAAGCUGGAGAGUCCUGAAGUCCAGUCCUUCUUCAGACUAUUGGCCCUCUGUCACACUGUUAUGGCUGAGGAGAAAAUAGAAGGUGAGCUGCUGUACCAGGCCCAGUCCCCUGAUGAAGGUGCCUUGGUAACCGCUGCACGCAAUUUUGGCUUUGUGUUCCGCUCUCGCACGCCAGAGAGCGUCACCAUCGUAGAGAUGGGAGAACAACACAGUUACGAACUCCUCGCCAUCCUUGACUUCAACAACGUCCGCAAGAGGAUGUCCGUCAUUGUGCGGAGUCCAGAGGGGAAGCUGUGUUUAUACUGUAAAGGAGCAGACACCAUGGUCUAUGAGAGGCUGCACCAGUCCUGUACCAAGCUGAUGGACGUCACCACUGAACACCUCAAUGAGUUUGCUGGUGAGGGUCUACGGACCCUGGCUCUAGCCUAUAAGGACCUGGAUGAGGAAUACUUCAGCAGCUGGAAACAGCGCCACCAUGAGGCCAGCACAGCCCUGGAGGACAGAGAGGACAAACUAGACGUGCUCUAUGAGGAGAUAGAGAAAGACCUGAUGUUGCUGGGAGCUACCGCCAUAGAGGAUAAGCUCCAGGAUGGUGUGCCACAGACCAUCGAGCAGCUUGCCAAAGCUGACAUCAAGAUCUGGGUGCUCACUGGCGACAAACAGGAGACGGCGGAGAACAUUGGCUACUCCUGCAACAUGCUGCGAGAGGAGAUGAACGACAUCUUCAUCAUGUCGGCCAACAACUCAGACGAUGUCAGACAGGAACUGAGGAAUGCAUGGAGCACCAUGAAACCAGGUGCAGAGGAGGCGGCCAACUUCACGCCAGAGAGGACGCUGGGUAACAAGCCGAAGGUGGUCAGGGACGAGGAGGUGAACGGGGAUUAUGGCCUGGUCAUCAACGGACACAGUCUGGCCUAUGCCCUAGAGCGUAGCAUGGAGCUGCUGUUCCUGCGUACAGCCUGUCUGUGUAAGACAGUGAUCUGCUGCAGAGUGACUCCACUACAGAAGGCCCAGGUGGUGGAGCUGGUCAAGAAAUACAAACAGGCCGUCACUCUGGCCAUAGGAGACGGGGCCAACGACGUCAGCAUGAUUAAAGCUGCUCAUAUAGGUGUAGGUAUAAGCGGUCAGGAAGGGAUGCAGGCAGUCCUCUCUUCAGACUACUCCUUUGCUCAGUUCCGCUUCCUGGAGCGCCUCCUCCUGGUCCACGGUCGCUGGUCCUACCUGAGGAUGUGUAAGUUCCUGCGUUACUUCUUCUACAAGAACUUCACCUUUACCUUCGUCCACUUCUGGUACGCCUUCUUCUGCGGAUUCUCAGCACAGACGGUGUAUGACGAGUGGUUCAUCACGUUGUAUAACCUAGUCUACACAGCACUUCCUGUACUGGGUAUGAGUCUGUUUGACCAGGAUGUGAAUGACAUGUGGAGUUUCCAGCACCCCCAGCUGUACGUUCCAGGCCAGAUGAAUCAGUACUUCAGUAAGACAGCCUUCUUUAAGUGUGCCCUCCACAGUAUCUACAGCUCAGUAGUGCUAUUCUACAUCCCCUACGCUGCCAUGUACAACACGGUCCGAGACGACGGGCAAGACAUUGCUGACUACCAGUCCUUCGCCCUGCUGGCACAGACCUGUCUGGUCAUCACUGUCUGUAUACAGCUGUGUCUGGACAUGUCCUACUGGACAGCGGUGAACCACUUCUUUGUGUGGGGGAGUCUGGCCAUGUACUUUACUGUCACCUUCACCAUGUACAGCAACGGCACGUACCUCAUCUUCCCUGCAUCCUUCCCCUUCAUCGGCACAGCCAGGAACUCCCUGAACCAGCCCAACGUGUGGCUGACCAUCCUGCUUACCUCCAUCCUCUGUGUACUUCCUGUGGUUGCCUACCGCUUCCUGUUAAUACAGCUCCGCCCCACUAUCAACGACAAGGUGAUGUUCAAGGUGAGACAGGCCAAGGCCGCGCCCCCUCCAUUAGCCCGCCGUGUCCGGAUUCGCCACACCAGCACCCGCCGUUCCGGCUAUGCCUUCUCGCAUGCGGCGGGCUACGGGGACCUGGUGACGUCCAACCGUUUUCUGCGCCGUCCCGCCGUCACACUCACCACCGCUUUCACCCCUCUGGGACGCACCACAGGGUUCAGCCCCACGGGGCGCUCAGCCGGAUACAGCCCCACUGGGAACGCUCUGAACUCCAGACCACAGGAUGUGGAGGUGACAUCACUGCAAAUGUACCACAGGAUGUGAGACCCCGCUUUCUGAUGUACCGCGCUAUGCCCGCCUUACGUCAGAUAAGAUUCAUAUACUAGCCACUUCUGAGACUCACUUAGAUAAUUCAUUUGAUGAUACAGCAGUAGCAAUACAAGGAUAUAACAUUGAUAGAAGAGACAGGAAUGUUUAUGGGGAGGUGUUGCAAUAUAUAUUCAGAGUCAUAUCCCUGUAAUGCUUAGAGAAGUGUUAUUGAAGUGUUGUGGUUGCAGGUUCACCUGGCACAUCUAAAGCCUUUUCUUUAGGGGUGUUGCUAUAGGCCACCAAGUGCUAACAAUCAGUAU